UCACAGUGUCCAGGCGCUCAUGACCACAUCACAUGACCAAACCCAGGAAACAGGUCAGUCAUGAUGGUCGAGCACUAUUCAAUUACCUGAACGUUUUGGUGUUCAAGGCUACAAUGUUUCAUUCCCUUUUUUUUGCAGUCAACUGUCACUUUUCACUUUAAAAAGUGCUACAGCGUGCAGUUGCAAUCCAUGAUAUAGAAAUAGAGUAAGACUAAUAAUAUCCUCAAGUCUGUCAUUUCUUUUUAAAUCAAAUACAAGAAGUGGGUGUUCUCCAAUCUCGUGACCCACCCAAACAGAAGCACCUUAAAACCCCUCCUCCAUAUAAAACCAGCUGCAAUUUCCUUCUCUUCAUCACUAACUCCCUCCUCCUCUUCUUCUUCCAUCAUGCACCAAGAAUCCUUUUCACACUCGCUGCUUUUACUUUGCAUCCUCCUGAGGAGCAGCCAGGCCCUCAACAACGAUGCCACCGAGCAUGCGGGAGGCCUCUUGCCCGAGGUCGGGCCGCCGCAGGAGGACGCGAAGCAAGGAAAUGUAUCCCUGAACCGGGCUCGAGCCGGCGGGAGAGCGGCAGGGCGGGACCGAAGCGAGCGAAGCCAGAUGGGUUGCAGAGAGCUGAGGUCUACCAAGUACAUCUCGGAUGGCCACUGCACCAGCAUCCACCCCAUUAAGGAGCUGGUGUGCGCCGGCGAGUGUCUUCCGGCUCAAAUGCUUCACAACUGGAUCGGUGGCACGCACCAGUCCAAAAAGUUCUGGACUCGCCAUAGUACAGCUACCGGCAGUAACCCAGACUGGCGCUGUGUCAAUGACAAAACCCGUACUCAGCGCAUCAGGCUACAAUGCCAGGACGGCAGCACCAGAACAUACAAAAUCACUGUGGUCACUUCCUGUAAGUGCAAGAGGUUCUCCAGGCAAAACAAUGAGUCGGAUUCGGGACACAAGUUUGGGGUUCUGGUUCCCCCACAGACGCAGCUCCCACAUAAAUCCAAGAGCAGGAAGUCGCUGGGAAAGAAGCACAUGAGCCAAAACUGGCACCAGACUGCACCAUGAGGACUGCAGGCUUUGAGGCCUUACCAGAAGACUAUUUCAUGAUGUUUGUCAAAAAUAGGCAUGGGGGCUACUUCCGGGUGGCAGAAUGCAAAUGAACCCAACUGAAAAACCAUGACAAAACAUUUUUGUGUU